AAUCACCUCUGGGUUUUUUAUUUUUUGCUAAACAAACCAAAAACUAGUGAAAAUUGCGAAAAAAAGUUUUUUCUUAGUUUUUGUUAUAAAAUGUUGUAAAUAAGUGAUUUUUCUCCAUCACUGAUGUGCGCUAAUUAGGCUGCAGUGAUGGGCACUGAUAGGCUGCACUGAUAGGCACUGAUAUGUGGCAUUGAUGUGACACUGAUGGGCACUGGCAGGUGGCAUUGAUGGGCAAUGACAG